GCAGCUUACAUACUUGAUGCUUGAUCACCAUUAAUUCUGGCGGCAAAUAGCGUGUUAUUAAGGUUUCAGUUCACACACAAAACAGAGCGUGGAAACGGAGGAGAUCGGAGGGCUAGCGGCCCGCAGGCCCAGCAGCAACUCCUAUCACCAUUUUCUGUCGUGGGAGCAUGUCUACCCUCUUCCGCCGCCGCUCACUGGCGGCUUACGUCUACAGCCAUGUGCUGAACUCCCAUAAGGUCCACACUUCAACAGCUCCACUGCUGCAGGAAACCGGUCUCUACGGUUUCAACCACUUGAAAACUCCCAAAGGCUUCCGACGCUUUGUUGAGGACGCCAUAGAAAGGUCAAAUGAGCUCGUCACCUUUAUUUCUGGAAUGCCAUCUGCUCCGGAAAUUAUCGGAGCCAUGGAUGAGAUAUCCGAUACAGUAUGUUCAGUUAUUGACUCUGCAGAACUGUGUAGAGCUACACAUCCGGACAGGGAAUUUGUUGAGGAGGCAAGCGAGGCGUCCCUGAGGAUUAAUGAAUAUAUUCAUCAUCUUAAUACAAAUCAUUGCCUGUACAUGGCGGUGGUAAAAGCUGAGCAGGAUUCCCAUUUGCUAAAUGAAGAAGCUCAAAGAGUAGCCCAUCAUUUACGUCUUGACUUGGAAAAGGCUGGCAUUCAUCUGCCUAGUGAACAGUUGGAUCGAGCUAAUCAGCUUAAUAUGGAGAUUGUUCAGCUGUGCAGAGAGUUCAAUGAAAAUAUUAUCAAUGAUCCAGGUCACAUGGAUAUCUUUCCAGCAUCACACAUCCCAAAAAAGUUACACCAUCUUGCUAGGCCUAUCUAUCGGACUACAUCAGGUGCAUUUGGGGGAUCAGCAUGGUCUAUGACAAACAUGAAAGAGAAGGGCUUUCGAUUACCAACCGAUCCAAAUACUCUCUCCUCUAUUCUGCAAUGGGUAUCAGAUGCUGAGAUUAGGAAAACCGCUUAUAUACAAGGAAACUCUGCCCCACUUGGAAAUCUUGGUGUCCUCGAUAAGCUUAUUGCAGCUCGUCAUGAGUUUGCUCAGAUUAUGGGCCAUAGUUCCUAUGCAGAUCUUGCUGUUCACUCAAGUAUGGCUUCAUCACCUGAUAUCGUAUUAUCGUUUUUGCUUGAAAUGAGCGAAAUAGUUAGACCUAGGGCUGAUGAGGAGUUUAAGACAAUUUGGAAUUUCAAGAGAGAGAAAAGUGGCCAGCUCUAUGGAGACUUGGAGCCAUGGGAUGAAACAUACUUUACCGCUAUAAUGAAGUCUGCAGUUUAUGAUUUAGAUUCCUCGGUAUAUUCUGCAAAACCUGCAUGCAUUGUAGUUUGUCAUUUAUAUUCCGUUCCUACUAUAGGCUAG